AUGGGCCACCUAGCCAAGCUUUUUACCAACUGGAAAAAGGCCGAAUCUCCCGGACCCGACUGCCCCACGCCUUUGGGGUCGGGUGCGUCGUCGCACAGCUCAGACGGUGUUUUGUCACCGGUCAUGAGCGAACGCAUUGCCUCGCCGGGCGUUUCGGUCGCUCCCAGCUCCUCUAGCUCUGCGUACUUGCGUCCGAAUCCCAGCCUCACUUCUCUGGCGUCCUCGACGGCCCCGUCCAAACGCCCAGCCACUCGGGAUCCUUCGGGACGCUUCCAAAUGCUCGACGAUGGCAGGCACGCGCAUAUUCUGCGCAAUGCGCGGCGUCAGGAGAAGCUGACCCGCAUGCUCCGGGAUAUUAUGGGCACUGGGUCGAAGGUUGGUGACGACGCAGUGUCUGCGGUGCCCGAGUUCGCCCAGGAGCCCGCCUCUGCGGACGCCCAGGACCUCAGUCUCAUGAACGGCCUGGUUUCUCGGGUCGCCAAGGGCGAAGUGGAGGUCGGAAACGUGAAUGGCGCUUCCGUCUCCAAGGGCACCAAAGUGCGACCCGGAAAGCGCGACUACGCGGUCAAGGUUCGGGAAGCUACAGCGUCAAUGUUUUCGAAGUACGGCAAAUGUCAGGAAAUCGUCGGCAAGGGCUCUUACGGCACGGUGCGUGUGGCCCACAAGUCAGACGGCCGAGGCCAUGAGAAACUCUAUGCGGUUAAAGAGUUCCGCAAACGGACGGCUGAGGCCGAAAACACGUUCCAAGACCGCCUCAUGUCUGAGUUUUGCAUUUCUUCUCAACUGCGUCACCCGAAUAUCAUUGAGACCUUAGAUCUCAUGAAAGAUCCCAAUGGCGGCUUUUGCCAGGUCAUGGAGUUCUGUCCCGGUGGCGACCUGUAUUCGCUGAUUAUCUCGUCGGGCACAGGUCUCAAAGCUGCUGAGGCCGACUGUUUUUUCAAGCAGCUCAUGAGAGGCGUAGUGUACAUGCACUCCAUGGGCGUUGCCCACUGUGAUCUAAAGCCAGAAAACAUUUUGCUUACCUCCAAUGGAACCGUCAAGAUCUCUGAUUUUGGCAACGGCGAGUGUUUCCGCAUGGCUUGGGAAAAAGAUGUUCAUUUCAGCAAAGGCGUCACGGGCUCCGGGCCCUACAUUGCCCCUGAAGAGUUCAAAGACAAGCCGUUCGACCCUCGUGCUGUGGACAUCUGGGCCACAGGUAUUAUUUAUAUGGUGAUGCGGACGGGCGCCUAUCUCUGGCGAACCACCGCUCCCGAGGAAGAUGGCAACUAUCGCCGGUAUCUAGUCGACCGCAAGAAAAGCGACGGAUACGCGCCUAUCGAGAGAUUGUCCCCGCAAAAAUGCGUGUACGUUAUUUAUUCCAUCCUCGACCCCGUUCCAUCCCGACGGAUCACUGCGAAACAGGUACUUAAUUCAGAAUGGGGCCGAAGCAUCCGGGUCUGCGAAGCGGCGACCGAGGGAUAUCCGGCGCCCAAGUCCACGUGCUCAGACGCCCUGUCCGGAGCGGUAUCGGUUUCGUCAACCCCGUCUCUACCAGCCACAUGA